CCGCGAGACUCAAACCUGGCGGUGCGGCGCUCCUGGUGGUCACUCUACUCUUGUCCUUCUUCUCGCCGGCCUGGACACAGCUACAAGUCUUCCCUUUCUGCACGACCAGUUGCGUUGGUAGGGCCACAGGCCAAUACGCUAACUGUUUCUCCUGCCGGCAGUUCGUUUACUGUGCCAAUGGCGUCCUUAGCAGCGCACCAUGCUCCGGCAUUCUCAACUAUGACGCUGUCAGAGGAGUUUGUGAUUUCCCACAGCUCGCAGACUGCAGAACUAGCAGUGCGCAGUCCAUAACCAGUGCAUCCGCAAGAGUAACAAGUUUGGCGUCACUGCUUUCUCUGAAGUCACAGUCGUCACCAGGAUCGCCCUUAUCGGCCACUUCUCGAACUUCACCCAGGUCAUUGACCUCAGUUUUGUCAAAAGUUUCGAAUACUUCACCAACGUCUAGAAGAUCCAGGACGUCAGUGAGUUCAGAAACCUCGCUGCCGUCAGUGCAGUCAAUGUCGUCACAGAAUUCGGAAACCUCUACAAAGUCAGAAUCAUCGCCGGAGUCUGUAACUAGCCCGCACACAUCAAUCAGCUUGACCAGUAUGACGUCAUUAGCUACAAGCUUCAUCGACAUUUUCUGUGUGACGUCAUGUACCAACACGGCCCCAGGAGUGUACCCAGACUGCAACAGUUGUGACUCCUUCUUCCUCUGCUCCCGGAGUGAGGGCGAGACUCGACAAACGUGUCCUGGGAACCUGCUCUAUAACCCGGACAUAGAGAACUGUGACGUCGCCAGCAGGGUCAACUGCGCAACAACGUCAGCAACAUCUCAAACGUCAGAACAGUCAGUUACGUCACAACCCAGCUUCGUAUCAUUGGCGUCAGAGCAGAGUUUGACGUCAGAGACUAGUGACCAGAGUGAGACCAGCCAACAGUCGGUGAUGUCAGAAGUCAGUGCCCAGUCGGCCAGCUCGGGUACCAGUGAAGUUUCUGCAACAUCGGCCACUUCCGAUCAGAGUGACCAGUCUGUGACCAGCAGUGCUCCCUUGUGUUUGAUCGAGUGUGGAACACAGCCGGACGGAGACUACCCCUACUGCACCGACUGUUCCAGAUACGUCAGAUGUGUUGGCUCCUCGGAACAGUUUCUCUCUUGUUCUUCUCCCCUACUUUUUGACACGGCAAUAUCAUUGUGCAACACUGGAGUCUCCUGCGAACUUUCUUCUUUGACAUCAGAAGUGUCAUUGACGUCUAAAGAAUCGCUCCAAUCGGAGACCAGUGUGACAUCUGAGACCUCGGUGACGUCUGAGAUGUCAGAGCUGUCGGAAACCUCGGCGUCAUCUGCCACUAGUCAGACAUCAGCAAGAAGUAAAUCAUCCGUGACGUCACCUCAUUCAAUGACGUCAGAACUGUCCAAGACGUCGAAGGAGUCGUUGCAAUCCGAAGUGUCGAUCACGUCUCCUUCAUCCGUAACGUCUGGAGAAUCGGACACGUCAGAUGUAUCUCUGACGUCACUACCUAGCAGAGUCAGCCAAACGUCAGCCAUAUCCGUGAGCGGCACUAGCCAGACGUCAGCCAGUAGUGAGAGCUCGCUGACCAGCGCUGAAAUCUUCUGUAUUCUGGACUGUAGCCACGCACCUUUUGGAGAUUUUCCCGCUUGUGACAACUGUGUGGACUUCUACAGGUGUGACGGGUCCGGGUCAGGCGAGAGGCGAUCCUGUAGUUCUCAACUUCUGUUCAACCCGGACACUACACAGUGCGACCGAGCUGAGGACGUGGUGUGCGCAACGACAUCUGUGACUUCAGCCACAUCCGCCAACUCAGAGUCCUCCCAGCAGUCUGAGCAAUCCGACGCCUCCAAAACCUCCUUCACCUCGCAACCCACGCAAACCUCACCGUCACCUGAAAGCCAGACCAGCGUGACAUCACAGCUCAGUGACCAGUCGGUGACAAGUGAGAACAUAUACUGCGUGACGUCAUGCACUAACGCCCCACGAGGGGAUUCCCCUUCCUGCGAAAAUUGUCAGGAGUUCUACAG